AAUACAAAGAUUAAACACAGAUUAAUUUUAAAGGGAAAGAAGUUGAAAAACAGUAAAAAGGAGAUCCAUAUUCCAUUCAUCCCCACAUUUUCUUCUCUCUCCAAAACAUUCUUUUCUUUUCACUGAUCCUUGAAUCUGCUAGUAAGACCAAACACUACAACCUUAACUGUUUUUUCAACUUUCAUCCUCUUCCACACACACACAUUCAUAGUCCAAAAUCAAAAGGAGAAAAAUACAUAUAUAAAAGACCCACCUUAAAGGGGCAAAAAAAGAAACAAAGAAGAAAAAACACUUGUCUUGUUUUUCUUUGACUACACCACAAUUUGUGGGGUGUCUCUAAAAUCAUUGCUUUCUCACUUUUUUCUGUCAAAGUUACAAUCUUUUCUAGUAGCAUUUGCUCAUUCCACUUAAUUUGCAAGAUUUGUCAUUAGGGUUUUUUUCAAAGGUGAAUGUGAAUGAUUCUUAUGGAAGAUGAGAAAAUGAGGGAAAAUGUGGUUAGUCCAUGUUUUGAAACAUGAUGAAGGAAGUGGAGGUGUAAAUGAGAGAUUUUGAGAGAUGGGUUGUGUGUUUGGUAAAGAGUCAUCAGUGGAAGAGAGGAGAGAGGAAGUUAGAGAAGCAAAAGUAGAUGUGGGUGUGGGUGGUAGUGGUAGAGAGGUUGAGAAUGUGAAAGAGGGUGGAGAGGAGAAGAGAAUAAGGCCUGGUGGGGAGAGAAGAAGACGAUCUUCGAAGCCGAAUCCGAGGUUGAGUAAUCCAUCUAACAAUGUUCAUGGUGAACAGGUUGCAGCUGGUUGGCCCUCUUGGUUAUCUAAGGUUGCUGGUGAAGCUAUCAAUGGAUUGGUUCCUAGGAGAGCUGAUACUUUUGAGAAACUUGAUAAGAUUGGGCAAGGUACAUACAGCAAUGUUUACAAAGCUAGGGAUACUUUAACAGGGAAGAUUGUUGCCCUAAAGAAGGUCCGUUUCGACAAUUUAGAGCCCGAGAGUGUGAAGUUCAUGGCAAGAGAGAUUCUGAUUCUUCGUCGUUUGGAUCAUCCCAAUGUUGUCAAAUUGGAAGGCUUAGUGACUUCAAGAAUGUCAUGCAGUUUAUAUCUUGUGUUUGAAUACAUGGCACAUGAUCUGGCUGGACUUGCUACAAAUCCAGCGAUUAAGUUCACAGAACCUCAGGUAAAAUGUUACAUGCAUCAGCUAUUUUCUGGGCUGGAACAUUGUCACAACCGUCAUGUGCUGCAUCGUGAUAUAAAGGGUUCAAACCUUCUUAUUGACAAUGAUGGAAUUCUCAAGAUUGCUGAUUUUGGACUAGCUUCCUUCUUUGAUCCUGAUCACAAGCACCCGAUGACAAGUAGAGUGGUGACAUUAUGGUAUCGACCUCCAGAACUUCUUCUUGGUGCCACUGAAUAUAGUGUAGGCGUGGACCUAUGGAGUGCUGGCUGCAUUCUUGCAGAAUUAUUGGCUGGAAAACCUAUCAUGCCUGGUCGAACAGAGGUUGAGCAGCUACAUAAGAUAUUUAAGCUAUGUGGUUCUCCAUCUGAAGAAUAUUGGAAAAAGUCAAAGCUGCCACAUGCUACCAUUUUUAAGCCUCAACAAUCAUACAAGCGAUGCAUAGCGGAGACUUUUAAGAAUUUUCCACCAUCAUCCUUGCCACUGAUUGAAACCCUUCUCACAAUUGAUCCUGAUGAACGUCUGACUGCCACCGCUGCAUUGCAUAGUGAAUUUUUUACUACAAAACCUUAUGCUUGUGAUCCCUCUAGCCUUCCUAAAUAUCCUCCCAGUAAAGAGAUGGAUGCAAAGCUACGGGACGAAGAAGCUAGAAGAUUGAGAGCAGCUGGUAGAGCAAAUGCUGAUGGUGUGAAGAAAUCUCGUCCACGUGAGCGAGUAGGGAGGGGACUUCCCAUUCCAGAUGCCAAUGCUGAACUGCAAGCAAAUAUUGAUAGACGACGAUUGAUCACGCACGCAAAUGCUAAGAGCAAGAGUGAGAAGUUUCCUCCUCCACACCAAGAUGGAGCUCUAGGCUAUCCUUUGGGUUCUUCACAACACAUGGAUCCAAUUUUCGAUCCUCCCGACAUUCCAUUUAGUUCAACAAACUUGUCACAACCAAAAUCAAAUAUCCAUACUUGGUCCGGUCCGUUGCUCGAUCUCGGUAGCGUUGGUGCACCGAGGAGAAAGAAGAAACAUGGAAGGUGAUGGGAAUAUACAGUCCAAAUUCAUCAAAGGAGGACUCAAAAGUCAAAAUGAUGAGAAUGUAUCAAGAUUCAAAGAAAUAUUUAUUCUUAUAGUAUAAUAUUACACCAAUCAUUUUUUAAGAUUAUUCGCGAAGCUGCAAAUGUUGAUCUUGUAAAUCUUAGUUUUUUUUCCACUUAAAGAGUUUAAUUAGGUUAAUAAAUAGUUUUUGAUAAUGGUGUUGGUGGUUUAUAUUUCUCCUUAAUAUUGUUACUUAUGCAAACAAUUUUUAUUCCAUUUAA